AUGGAGGGCUCGAUCGAAGCACAGAAAGCAAAUUCUGGUCUGUCAAUGGCAAGUUCUGCUUCUUCAGAACAAGAAGCCGUCAGCAAGAAUGCUUUAAAGAAAGCAUUAAAGAACAAACAGAGGGAUGAGGAACGGCGACGCAAAGAGGAAGAGAUUGAGAAAAAGGCUGCGGUCAUGCAAAGCUCACGAGUCCAAAGGACCCUUUUAGCAGAUGACGAGGACAUGGACCCAACACAAUACUUUGAAAAUAGGCAGAAAGUACUAGCAGCUCAGAAGACAGCUGGAACAAAUCCAUAUCCUCACAAGUUCUAUACGUCAAUGUCCAUCCCCGAAUUUGUUAAGGAAUAUGGAGUUUUGGAGGAUGGGGAUCAUUGUGAGGAUGUUGAAGUAUCUUUGGCUGGGCGAAUAAUGAAUAAACGAUCUUCAUCUGCAAAGCUGUUCUUUUAUGAUUUACAUGGUGAUGGUGCUAAAGUCCAAGUUAUGGCUGAUGCAAGGAAAUCAGACUUGGAUAAUGCUGAGUUUUCCAAGUUUCAUUCUGGAGUGAAGCGUGGAGAUAUUGUUGGUAUUACGGGGUUUCCAGGUUAG